CAAAGAUACGUCAAAAAAUCUAUCAGAUGUCAACCAAUCUCAUUUCAGGUAAAAACCAAAACUUGUCUAAAAUGGAAAGCAGCAAGGUCAUCUCUACUGACAAAGCUACAGUUGUCAUCCAAAUAAAUCCACAGGAGGCAAAAGACAGCAUUUUUUUUGUUGAUGGACAGCGGGACAGAGGAACAAAUCUCAAUACAACGCUUAAAGAAUUUUUCAGAGCACUACCAAAGCCACUGGGGACUGUACAGAUAAUGAUUGGAGUGACGGUCUUCUUACUUGGUAUUCUACACACCACAAAUUUCUAUGAAUACUCUGCUAUUGUUGUCUAUAGUGGCAUCACCUACUGGGGAUCUUUCAUUUACAUCAUCACUGGCUCUCUGUUUGUUGCUGCGCAGAAAAAAAACGUAAUCCGUUGUGUGUACUGA